CUUUUUUCAACUUUCUUUUUACAACUCAUGCCUGGUACAAGAUCAAAAACAAAUGCCAAAGUAAUAGCUUCUAAACUGGAGGAUGCCACCAUAGAAUCAAUAGCAAAAUAUAUUCAACAAAACAAAGUCAAGAAUAUUGUAGUGAUGACUGGUGCUGGUAUAUCCACUGCAGCUGGUAUCCCUGAUUUCAGAAGCAAGAAUACUGGUCUCUAUGAUAAUCUUCAAAAGUUCGAUCUACCUUACGCUGAAGCUAUUUUCGAUAUUGAUUAUUUCCAAGAACGUCCUGAACCUUUUUAUGCUUUAGCGAAAGAACUAUAUCCAGGGAAAUACCUUCCUACCAAGACACAUUACUUUAUUCGAUUGCUACAUGACAAGAACAUGCUUUUACGUAACUUUACUCAAAAUAUUGAUACUUUGGAACGGAUAUGUGGAUUGGACGAAGAUAGGAUUGUAGAGGCUCAUGGUAGUUUUGCUUCUGCAUCUUGUAUUCAAUGUGAUGAAAAAGCUGAUAUGGAAGAGAUCAGAUCUCAAAUCUUACUCUCAAAAAUUCCCAGAUGCUUGGCUUGCAAAAGUCUUAUCAAACCCGAUAUCACCUUUUUUGGUGAAAGUUUACCCAAACGAUUCUUCAAGCGUCUUGUAGAUUUUGAUGAGGCUGAUCUCUUGAUUGUGAUUGGGACAAGUCUUCAAGUACAACCAUUCGCUGCUCUUAUUGAUAACGUUCCCGAACAUACGCCUCGUUUAUUGAUUAAUAAGGAUUUGGCUGGUGUUCAUCAUUCACCACAUCAUGGGUUUGACUUCAAAUGGAAAUAUGGAAAGAAACGUGAUUCUGUAUACUUAGGUGAUUGUGAUGAAGGAAUUGAAAAGCUAGCUGAACUUUUAGGCUGGAAGAACGAACUGGAUCGACUUUAUGAAAAGGAAACCAAGAAACUGAAGGAACGGUGGGCUACAGAAAAGGUGCUUGAACAAGAACAAGAAGAACUGGAAAAACUUGAACUAACGGAAGAAAAGCCUGAUAAGGAAAUUGACCAACUAGCUGAAGAAUUAGAAAAGAGACUCAAGGUUCCAUCUGACAAGGAAUGACUACUUCCAAAAAACAAGAUUUGUAUUUUAUUUCACUUUAUCAUCUUCACCGUCAUCACAUUCACAUAUAUACACAUAUACGCGUUUAUUGACCUUCUCUUUUCCUUUUUUUUUCAUAUAUGUAAUAAAAAAUGACUUUUUCCUCAUA